CUGACACUCUGCCCCCUGUGUGAAAGUGUCUAGAGAAAAAGGUUGGAUGUGUCUAUCUACAUUGAGAACUUUUUUUAAUUGAAUCUUUGAGACAGCAGAGAGGAGUCUGCUGCCACGUGUUGCUGUGAUUUAACUAUCCAAACAGCUCGCUUCAGAGGAAUCCAUCCUCUAGGAGGCUCAAUGGACAACGGGGAUUAACCACCCAGCCUCCUUGGACUAUGAACAUCUGAAACAUCUCACAUCUAAAGCAGCAGUGGUGUUCGAGAAGAGUAUCUGGGAGUUUUUCCUCUUUUUUUCACGAGCAGGAGGAGAACGAUUUACUGUGUUUGAAAGUGAGCAGUUUCACUAUGAGCUGUGUGACCCUCUUCGCCCUCCGUUUGACAGUCACUGUUCUCUUGUGUCUCUACGGAAACGUGAGCUGCCUGGAGGUGACACCGCAUGAUGGCGAGCUGGUCUUGGCCGCUGGCUCCUCUCUCACACUCAACUGCUCUGGAUCCGGGAACACUACCUGGGAGUUCAAGAGGAAAGAUGUUCCUAAUUUUCAGGUUGAACUAGGCCUUCAUGGUGUGCAGAGCUACCAAAUAGUGCAAAAUGGUGCAAACUCUAGCACUCUGAGCCUGUGGAACGUAAGUUGGAAGCACACCGGCGUGUAUUUGUGCACUGAUCAACAUACUGGAGAAAGGAAGGAAGUGAAUGUGUUUGUCCCAGAUCCUGACGUAUGGUUUGUAGUGAGAGCUCAUGGCAUGAUAACCAAGACCAGUGAGCUUACCACCAUCCCCUGUGUGGUCACCAACCCCAAGAUCAGUGUCUCCUUGUAUGAGGAGGAUAUUGACCUGCCAGUCAAAGGGCACUACAUCCCGAGUGAGGGCUACACUGCCACCCUAGAGGACAGGACGUAUUUUUGUCGCGGGGAGAUGAACGGAGAGGUGAAAGAAUCCCAGGAUUUCGUGGUCUUUAGUGUGUUUGUGUCUGAGUCCAUGGAUGUAUACAUCAACUCAUCAAAGACGGUGCUGAAGCAGGGUGAGCCGCUAACAGUCAACUGCACUGUACAUGGAGCAGAACUUGUCUAUUUUUCUUGGGACAUCCCCAACAAGGAGGGUGCUGACGUGGCACUACGAACAGAAUUCGUGUCACCAACAAGCAUGAGAUCCUGCCUCAUUUUUCCUCAUGCCACGCUGGCCCACAGCGGAAAGUAUGUGUGCCAUGUCCAAGAAGUGGUCUUGGAUCAGACGGCUUCCUCCAGUGUCAACAUCACAGUACUCGAACGAGGAUUUGUGAAAAUACAGCCCGCUGAGGAUAGCCACGUUUCGGCCCGGCUGCAGCAGGACGCAGUGCUGAGGGUGAAAGUGGAAGCCUAUCCUGCCCCUCAGGUCAGCUGGAGCAAAGGUGGCGCUGCCAUCAAAGGGAACACAAUCAUUGUAUUCAGAAAAGAACAUGGGACCAGAUAUGUCAGCAUCCUCAGGUUGGUGCGGGUGAGGCGGCAACAGAAAGGCCACUACACUGCCCGGGUCACCAAUGGAGAUGACACUAAGGAAGUGACUUUUGACUUGGAAGUCCAAGUUCCCUCUCAGAUUAAAAGUCUGACUGAGCUCCGCCUUCCCGGGAAGCGGCACCUUGUUACCUGUGUAGCUGAAGGGGUCCCUACCCCGACCAUCCAGUGGUACAGCUGCGACAGUAUGCUCAAGUGCAAUACCGAGACUACAAUAUGGCAACCGCUGGUAACGGAAGCAGACCUGCUGAGCAUCCAGACGAACAUCACUUACAGCGAGAGCCGUAAAACAAGUCAGGUGUGGAGCUGGCUGACCUUCCACAAGCCGCAGCACGCCAAUGUUCGCUGUGAGUCCAACAACCAGUUGGCGAUGGUUGGCAGAAGAGAUGUCAAAGUGGUGUCCAGCAGUUUUUUACUUGUGAACUGCAGUUCAAAUGGAGCUCACAUAUUACAGUGGAGGACUGUCAAUCACACUACCUGCGAUGAGCCAAUCUAUACACCCAGCUUCUCUCAAAAUGUGCUGAUAAGUCGUAACAGCUGUGGGGCAGCGAUCAUUGUGUUAAUGAUCGGAGUGGUGAUAUUCUACACUUUGAAGAAAACGGAGAACAAGGCACACAAAGCAGUCAAGAGAUACCGGGAAUUUAUAUAUGAAAAUGUACCAAGAGGAGUACAUGCAACAAAGAAAAGAAAGAAAAUGGCCAAAGAACAUCAUUUUUCCAUGAGCUGAGUUAUACAAAAAGGCAUCCAUCUGUAUGUGUCCAUGAGAAAAAAAACACACACAAAAAAAAAAAACUGUCAUGGACAUGUAUACGGAUACAAUAGAUACUGUAUGUAGUAUCAUGAAGGAGAUUUAUUCUGAUUUCUUUGAAACUAUAGUAACCCGUAAAUGUCUUGAAUCAUUAU